ACACACCGAGGCAACAAGCGCCACAUUCCUACUGCGCCAAAAUAUAUUGGCAAUUCUGUCGUUACCAGGUUAAAGCCGCAUUACAGCAGAGGUUAGGGGGUCUUCACUGUGAUAAACUUGAAUGCACUAUGAGUUUAUUCGGCACAAACACUGGGUUUGGGACAGGAGGGACAGGGGUCUUUGGGAACGCCACAACAGACAGCCACAAUCCCAUGAAGGAUGUUGAGGUGACUUCCCCUCCAGAUGACAGUAUUAGCUGCCUGGCUUUCAGCCCACCCACCAUGCCGGGGAACUUCCUCAUUGGAGGAUCCUGGGCAAAUGAUGUGCGGUGCUGGGAGGUGCAAGACAAUGGACAGACUGUCCCUAAAGCCCAACAGAUGCACACUGGUCCAGUGCUGGAUGCGUGCUGGAGUGAUGAUGGGAGUAAAGUCUUCACCGCUUCCUGUGACAAAACAGCCAAGAUGUGGGAUCUUAACAGCAACCAAGCAAUGCAGAUUGCACAGCAUGAAGGUCCAAUCAAAUCUAUCCACUGGAUAAAAGCACCAAACUACAGCUGUAUUAUGACUGGUAGCUGGGACAAAACUCUUAAGUUCUGGGACACCCGCUCUCCCAAUCCCAUGAUGUCUCUGCAGAUGCCAGAGAGAUGCUACUGUGCAGAUGUUGUUUACCCCAUGGCUGUGGUUGCUACAGCUGAGAGAGGCCUGAUAGUGUACCAGCUGGAGAACCAGCCCUCGGAGUUUCGCAGAAUAGACUCUCCUCUCAAACAUCAGCACCGAUGUGUUGCCAUAUUCAAGGACAAGCAGAACAAGCCAACAGGCUUUGCUCUGGGAAGCAUUGAAGGCAGAGUUGCCAUCCACUAUAUCAACCCUCCAAACCCAGCCAAAGACAACUUCACCUUCAAGUGCCACAGGUCUAACGGAACAAAUACAACCACUCCACAGGACAUCUAUGCUGUGAAUGCAAUCUCCUUCCAUCCUGUUCAUGGCACUUUGGCCACUGUUGGCUCAGACGGGCGCUUCAGCUUCUGGGACAAAGACGCCCGCACCAAGUUGAAGACCUCAGAGCAGCUGGACCAGCCCAUCACAGCCUGCUGCUUCAACCAUAACGGCAACAUCUUCGCUUAUGCUUCUAGUUACGACUGGUCGAAGGGCCACGAGUACUACAAUCCCCAGAAGAAGAACUACAUCUUCCUGAGGAACGCUGCGGAGGAGCUGAAGCCUCGGAACAAGAAAUGAUUCGUCGUGCCAAGUCGCAUCUCUUUGGGGGAAAUGCGGAAGACCUGCUGCUUUAGUGUGUGUAUAUGCUCGAGACAGACUCCUUCCUUUCGGCAAACACCUGGACCAAUGCCGCGCUGCUGCAUACUGUGCAUGGACCAAUCAGAGGGGCCUACCAAACCUGGCGUUGAUGACAGCUGCGUGACAAUUGGUCGUAGAGGUCAUCAUAGGAAGGGAGGGCUUUCUUUUUCAUUCAUCUUGUUGUUUUUGUUGUUUUUUAUGUGUCCAGAUCUUUUUUUUUUUACAGCUUUCCAAAGACUUUUGAUUCUCUUAUGAUGCUGUCACUCCGUGGUUUAGGUCAUUAAACAAAACUGGGAUGUAAAAUACAUAAGUAAUGCAUACUGUUAGAUUCCAACAUGGUAAUUCCAACAUUAGGGGAUAAGAAGGUUAAGAGAUAAGCUGUUGUGUUUGCUGUAUAGUUGUUAAGGAUUUAUUGGACUGUAUUUUGCAUGCAAACAAUGAACUUUCCACUCUAAUAUCUCAGCUGUAAAACUCACUAUACGAAUCUCUGGCAUCACAAAAUCAAAACUAUAAACUUGAGUCAACAUCUGCAUCACAAUGA